AUGAUAUUCUGUUCUCUUGGGACGUUACAGUUUUGCAUAGACAAGGUGAACAUUUCUCAAAACACCAUGUCUCUCCAAUUUUCUAAUGGAUCCAGGCAUGUUUGCUUAAGGUCUGGAGCUGGAUCUGUCAGACCCCUCAAUGGAGGUGCAGGCUUUGCAGGCAGCGGUGCAUGUGGUGGCUCUGUUGCUGGAAGUGAAUUUUCCUGUGCCUUGGGAGGGGGCUUGGGCAGUGUUCCUGGUGGGAGCCAUGCUGGUGGUGCCCUUGGAAAUGCUGCUUGUAUUGGCUUUGCUGGAAGCGAAGGGGGACUCCUCUCUGGAAAUGAGAAGGUGACCAUGCAAAAUCUUAAUGACCGCUUGGCAUCCUACCUGGAUAAUGUGCGAGCUCUGGAGGAGGCAAAUGCUGAAUUAGAGAGAAAAAUCAAGGGUUGGUAUGAAAAAUACGGACCUGGAUCUUGCCGUGGACUUGAUCAUGACUAUAGCAGAUAUCACCUAACAAUUGAGGAUCUUAAGAAUAAGAUUAUCUCCUCCACUACUACUAAUGCUAAUGUCAUUCUGCAGAUUGAUAAUGCCAGACUGGCUGCUGAUGAUUUCAGGCUAAAGUAUGAAAAUGAGCUCACCCUUCACCAAAACGUAGAGGCCGACAUCAACGGAUUACGGCGAGUCCUGGACGAGCUGACGCUCUGCAGGACCGACCAGGAGCUGCAGUAUGAGUCUCUGAGUGAGGAGAUGACAUAUCUCAAAAAGAACCACGAAGAGGAGAUGAAGGCCCUGCAGUGCGCGGCUGGGGGCAACGUGAACGUGGAGAUGAAUGCGGCCCCGGGGGUAGACCUCGCGGUUUUGUUGAACAACAUGCGAGCGGAGUACGAAGCCCUUGCAGAGCAGAACCGCAAGGACGCGGAGGCCUGGUUCAAUGAGAAGAGCGCCUCGCUGCAGCAGCAGAUCUCCCACGACUCAGGCGCAGCCACUUCCGCCCGGAGCCAGCUCACCGAGAUGAGGCGCACCCUGCAGACCCUGGAGAUCCAGCUGCAGUCCCUGAUGGCCACGAAACACUCCCUGGAGUGCUCCUUGACGGAGACCGAGAGCAACUACUGUACGCAGCUGGCGCAGAUCCAGGCUCAGAUCAGGGCCCUGGAGGAGCAGCUGCACCAGGUCAGAACCGAGACCGAGGGCCAGAAGCUGGAGUAUGAGCAUCUCCUCGAUGUCAAGGUCCACUUGGAAAAAGAAAUUGAGACCUACUGCCGCCUGAUAGAUGGAGAUGGAAAUUCAUGCUCCAAAUCAAAGGGCUUUGGAUCAGGAAGCCCUGGGAAUUCAUCUAAAGAUUUAUCCAAAACCACACUGGUAAAGACAGUGGUUGAAGAGCUAGAUCAACGUGGUAAAGUUCUUUCAUCAAGGAUUCACUCCAUUGAAGAAAAGACAUCUAAAAUGACCAACGGCAAGACAGAACAAAGGGUUCCUUUCUAGCUGUCAUUUUAGAGAAAAGAAUAAUUUGGGAAAGGAUCCUGUACAAUUGCAUUAUUCUAAAUAUCAGAGAGAAUAUACACACUUUUUACUUUUAAAGAUACAUUACUUAGCAAAAAUACCUGUUUUCUUAGUUUUACAGGAUAUUGAGUGUUUGUUUCCAAUAAAUAAAAAAGUUGAUGUGCAUUCAUUUCCAUUCACUGAUGACUAAUAAAUAAUUAUUUGUGAUUUUUUCCUAUGUCUAAUUCAUAGAGAAACACUUGUGGAAUAUAUUUUAAUUGCCUUUCACUGUUGUUUUAAAUAAUAGUCAAUACCGCCACAUGGCAUUUGAAUAUGAAACAUUCACUAGGCAUAAUCUUUAAAUCACAUCGUGUCUAUGUGGGCAAAUAAUCAAAAACUUCAGAAAUUCUCCUGUGACUGAAAAGUCUCACCACUAGAUGACGCAUUCCUGGUAUUUUACCAAGAGCCUCUCUCAAACUCUUCUUUCCACAAUACCCAGGAUACCAUUCCUUGUCUAAACAGGAUAAUCUCCGGAAAAAUCCACAGCAAUAUGGCUUGUGUUAGUGACACUUUUCCUAGAACAGGGGUCAGAAGCUUCUUUUGUGAAGACCCAGAUAGUAAAUAUUUUAGGCAUGGCAGGCCGUAAAGUCUCUAUUUCAACUACAAACCUCAGCCGUAGACAAUAGAUGAAUGGAUGAACAUGACUGUGUUCCAAUAAAACUUAAUUCAUUAAUGCUGAAAU